GUCCGAUUGAGCAACUCCAAUUUGUUAUUCCUGCCACAAUUGAAACGAAUAUGCAAGCAACACACACGCCUACCGCGCGGACAGAUCCCAGUGCACAUGGACGCUGUGGUAGUGGCCCGCUUCGACCCAGCUUGUGGGGGCUAUGAUGCGCACUUCAUCCCUACAGCCACAACCAACAACAAAGCCGAGUACGAUGGCCUGCUACGAAGCCUUCAGCUAGCCAAAACCCGCGGCUACACCCACCUUACGGUAUAUGGGAAUAGCCAACUGCUCGUGCGUCAAAUGCAGGGUAUCUACAGUGUGAGCCACCCCGGGCUCCGCGUCCAGUGCCUCCAGGCCCGCCGCCUGGCAGCCACAAUCCACUGUACAUGGCGCCAUCGGCCUCAGGAGGGAAAUCAAGGAGCGGAUUUCCUGUCCCGUAGCGCCAGAUGAUUGCUCUUCGUACACCUCCUUGGAUGGGCCAGAGUCCGUUCCUCUACCAUCACGGCAGCUUGCCCCACAGUACGAUUUCCUGGACCUGGAUCUCGCCUUCAACCCUGGGUAGCUCCACACCAUUUUCCCCAUUAGUGUAGCUUUGUCUGUAUAAUCUGACCAGUAAUCCAUCAACAUCAUCAACCAGCACA